AUGAAAGGUGGUCCCUUGACUAGCUGGAAUGAUGUAGGUGGGAGGGUGGAUGUGUCAGGGAGCAGGGAGGGCGGAAUGCCAACCAGCACAUUUGCCGGCUCAUAUGCCGCGACCGUGCGACGGGGGAGGGGGAAGGGAGUUUCUAGAUCUUCCAGUCGGUCACUGAAGCAUGAACAGCGGCCAAGCACUGACUAUUUUGCUGUGCUUCGAAGGUCUUCACCGGUAUCAGUGUACCAGCGGGGGGAAUCAGGGUAUUUGUCGAAUAACUUUGGUCCCUACGCCUCCCAGAGAGGGAGGUUAGGCAGAAAUAGAUCUUUGUCACGCACAUCUUUCACACCGGGACGGCGGCGUGUGAGCAGACACGUGACACCAUGGCAUCCGCUUGGUGUGCCGAAGAAAAACUUUAUCUCCACCCAAAGGAACAGCAUAGACGAUUGCCUUGCUAACUGUAUGAGUCAAAUCAAGCGCCACGAACAUGUGUAUCAUGCACGUCGAGCAAAUUCUCGCGGAAGGCGAUCAGCAGGAUCUCGCCUGUUUGAACUUCUUGCGUACGAACCGCGGCGGGUUUCAUGUGUGGCGCGUACUUCCAGGGAUAAGUUGAUUGCUCCAAGUGUUGAGGACCCUGGCGGCAAAAGGACACCUGCGUCACAUGUUCAGAGCGUAGAGGCCUCAGCGGUUAUCAAUAGUCUGUGGGCUGGUAGUGCAGCCAAACGAGCAGCGGCGAUCAAAAGCUACAGAACUGCUCGUGGGUCAGCUAGCCCCCGAAGAAAGCGAAAAAGCCCUAAGGAAGUCACUGGUGAAACAAGAAAGGAUAUGGAAGGGCAGGACGAUAUUAAUAGAUGGGAGAACACCGGUACCGAAAGUCGAGGAAGUACAGAUCAGAAGAAAAGUGUAAAGAAAGAACUCUUCCGCCUUAGAUCCAUGGCGCGUGAGACAGCCGAAGCUGUUGCAGGAAUGCGAGCGCUCCACAAGAAAAUGUCUCGAGCGGCCAGGUCUCACACGAAGCUUCGGGCUAACGUGGCCCGCGAAGAGAAGGAGAGCCAGAGACUAGAGAAAGUUGCUGUGAAGUGUAAAGAUACGGUGGAUCGUCUCUGUUCAUCGAGAGAUUCCGGACAGGUAUCCGCACGUGUUUUCGGCGAGAGGGAUCUUGGGGAAGCGGACGGAUUCCUCUCCAAUUUGUGUCUUCUGGGUCAGCGGGCAGCCCUGCGACGUGAGAAGGCAGCGUUAGAGGGAGCUGUCACAGCAGCCGAGAAUGAACUUGUGGAAAAGCUUGCCCAAAAGGAUCGUGCGGGUGUUCUCUUCGGCACGGCAGAUGGUACGAUAAAUGUAGCUGACAUCCGCAAGAGGAAUAACCUUGCCAGGAGUUACUUUCACUGUCACUUGGUAAAGCGUAGUAUUGAUACGUUGAGGGAAACUGAGCGGCAGUUGCUCGGAAAAACGAAGGAGGCUGGCAGGCGUAUCAACAAACUUUCCGUUCGCGUUAAAGAAGCGAAAGAAAUAUUGCUGCAACAUGAUGAUAUAAAAGAUAUGCACAUUCCAAAGCAUAAGUUGCGGGCACCGCCUCCUUUGGAUGUUGCUCUCACCACUCAAGCGGCAACAAUUUUCCACCUCACCGGUGUGCCCCAGUAG